AUGCUCAAGGUUCUGAAGGAGGAGCUCGGCAUGGAGGGUAAUCGGGAACGAAAUGUUAAAGUUGUGGAGAUGGUUAAGCUGACUAAGUCGACUAAAGGUCGAGGUAAAGAGAGGAAGAGACCACCUGUUGCAGUUGCAGUGAAGCAGUUCCUACUUGUGGCUCUUGGUUCGUUGCUCGUUCCAACAAGCUCCCGGAUCUAUAAGUUCGACUAUGCAGAAGAAGCUAAAGCUAGGGCCAAGGGAAAAAAUUUGCAGUGGGUUAAUGGGGAUAUCCACUUCUUGAUGCUUCAUUUGUUGGAUUUCCUUAAGGUGAGAGGAUUUGCCACCACUACAAUACCCACUUGCAGCUAUUGGUUUGAACCAAGGGUGGAUAACGUAUGCUUAUCUAUCCCUAAGCCAGAGCUAUAUGAUGUGGCUCCCGUGUUGCUGUCGAGAGAAGAAGUCCGAUCUCGCUUCUGUCCAGGACGUGGCAGGAGGGAGUGGGAAUCAGGAACAAGUAGCUCAGCUCUUCAUACAGCUUCUCCGCGGUUAUACACGACAGAAUGGUUGGAGGAAACAUACUUGGAGUCCCUUGAUACCGACGAGAUUAAGGUACUGCAGUCCUUGACUGAAAAAGUGAUACAUAAGUGGGAUUCAUGGCGGGAAAGUGUCCGAAGGGUUGCCAUUAAGCGCCAGCAAGACAAGAAUUGA